GGAAGAAUAGCUUUUGUCAAAAUGGCGGUCGAGAUGUGAGGCAAAUUUUGAGUAUCAUCCAUCUUAUUCGCGUGGUAGUCAUUAGGAGUGAUGGCAAAUGUACCGGAUGAUAAAAACAGUCAUGAGCAUGAUAAUGGGAAAAAUCAUAAUUUGAGAAACGAGGGUUUCGCUUCAUGUGCCUUAGUAAAUGCAAACUAUUGUUAUCAAAUGUCGCUCUGGUGGUGGAACACGUACUUGUAUAAUUUACAUGCUCAGGUACAAGAUCAGAACUGUGAGUGUGUGGAGCAGAGUGCGAUCGUGGAAGAUGAGUGUGAAUGCUUCCAGAAUCAAAGUGGAUUAGAGACUCGGAAAGGUCAAAUGUACCCGUGCGGAGAUUGUACAGAAUCAAUUUAUUUUCGUGGAACACCAUGGCCACGAUCACAAGGCGAACAUUCAGUGGGUGGUGAAAAUCACCCUGACUUAAUUUUCAAGGGAGAUCUUAUAUCUGGUAGUAGUAAAGGUGCAUAUAGUAACAGUGUGAAUGAUGGCUGUGGUACUGAUGAUGUCAAUGAAGAUGAUGAUGAUAGCGAUGAGAGCAGUGAUGUUGAAAUGGAAGUUGAUGAAAACUUCAGGAAGUUUUUGGAACAAUCUGAGAGACACAGACAAGAGCGAGAGCAGAGUUAGUUUUUUGUUUUCCUUUGGUUUCUAAGAUGUGUUUGAAAUCUAUCCCCUUUAGUGAUCUUUCCUGUCCUUGUAUGAUUUUUUUAAAGAGAAUUUGUUUUAAAUCAAGAUGAGACACUUAGGCUUACAUAUUUGUCCAAUUUUUUUUUACCGUUUAGCUGGAUAAGGUAUUGAUAUUGCAACAAGAAUUUUUUUGUCAAUAUGUUGCCUCCCCCCUACUCCCACAUUACCUUCCCCCUACUCCCACUUUGGCUCCCUUCUAUGUAUUCUCCCACACUGCCUCCCCCCUACUCCCACAGUGCCUCUCCCCUACUCCCACAGUGCCUCUUUCCCAUUCCCACAUUGCCUCCCCUCUUUAAACUGUGCACAAAACAUGAUGAAACAUUGGUUGCAGGGAUGUAGAUAAUAGCUGGAAGCCGGGAAAAUUACCUGGCUGUGAACACAAUCUUUCUGGCUGUGAAGCACUACUUCUUUCUCCAAAAUGUUUUUAAAUGUUGUCAGAUGAUUGUUAUUUAUUUAUUUCAUUUGUUUACACCUUCAAAUCUAGGUAUAGUGUGCCAAAGGCAUGCUAGAGUGGGCCUUCGGCCCAAAUAUCCGCCUAUCAUUGCAAGAUUCCCGCCAGUUAAAAACUUUAGCUACAUCCCUGGGUUGACAAAAGACAUUCCAACUAGAAUGAUAAAAUUCAAGUCUGCACAGGAGACAAAUAGAACAUCCAUCUUAUUCUGGUUUCUUUGGCAUGAAGUGACUGGAGAUAUUGCCACUUUCUUUCUUAAUUUCAUAUUGUCUGGCUAUUUUCUAGGGAAGCAAGAACUAUUGGAAGAGAAUGAUGAUUACAUUGAAGGUGAGUAUAUACUGAUCAUUCAUAGACGCACGUAAAAGAUUACGUCAUUUCAAGUCUACAAAAUGAAGAAGUGCGCCAAGUGGCGCAAUCUGUAGGAGCUUAUCUGACUUUGUGAAGUAGCACUUAUGUUGAGAAACACAGAAAUGCCCGCAGUAAUGAAAAUGGUAGAUUUGAGGAUUUUGGUUAAUUUUUUAUCAAAUUUGUCAAAGUGAAAUCAGCUUAGCAGAUUCAAUAAUUUUGACAAAUUUUAACCAUUUUCUUUACUGCAUGCAUCUCUGGAAAUAGCUCAGUAAUUGAUAUAUAAUGGUAAUUGAACUGAACAUAGUGCAAUUUGGUCUGAAAUCAUAUUCAUGGUUUCAAAAUCAAACGUGUGCACAGGGCAAGUUUGAUUUGCAAUUACAAGUAUGAUUUCAGACCAAUGAAGUACAAUUACCACUUUAUUACAUCUAUUUUGAAAUUGCAAAAUUGAUUCAGUCAAUACAAGUUUUUUGUAGUCACUACCAAUAGUUUAUUGAUCCAAUAUGUUGUGCUGGUUUGUUAAAAAAAUUGCAAAAGGUGUCUUCCAUUUUCCUGCAAUUUGAUUGAUUUCUUUAAACAAGCCUUGAAAUUUGAUUGGUUGUAGUGUUCAAGUAAAGCUAUCUCAUUGGCUGGGGAUAAGGUGCGAUUUAUAGCAUAAAAUGUUGCAAUUUGUGAAUGAAUUGCACUGGUUAGAGUCAAUCAGAUUGCAAGGAUUACGUGUGAUUUCAAAUUGGAUGUAAUAAAAGUAAUUACCACAUAAUUUGUCAGGCUUUAGACAGUUUCCUAGAAUCCAAUUGCAUUCUUUGGUGGUGAGAGGCUUGGUGAGUAUUACUUAAAAAAUCACUUACCCAUGGAGGGGGCCAUAAUUUGUCUCAACAACCAUUCUCACUUUCUUUGUGUUGACCUGCUCACAUUCCUUCAUGUUGUGGUGAGUUGUUUGUCCUUCCUCCCUGUUUUCACAGAGGAUUGAGCAAUGACUCACAUUAGCAUGGAGGAAUGCAGGUAGGCUGGCAAAAAGAAGAUGGGAAGGGUGGCUAGAAAAAAGAUUGCACCCAUUCAGAGUGUUAACAGAGUGCCUUGCCCAAGAACACAGCACAAUGACAUGGUCAAUUCUAGAGCCCAAAAGUCUUGACCAUGAAAACAGUGCACUAAGUAUUAGGCUUCACCAUCUCCCACAUUGGAAAAAUUUGUUCCACUUUUUAAUCUAGUCAUCCUUUUUUUUCAUAAAUCAGUUGGCUCAGUCCAUUUGAAUACUACCACUAGUGCUCCAACAGAACAACCGGGUGUAAAGAGAAAAGAGGAGAUGAAAGCACUCUAUGGAAAACAUGCCUCCAAGAUCAUGGCUCUUGAAGCAUCACUUCAGCUGAAUUAUGACAGACAGUGUGAUGCAAGACAACCUGUUUUUUGGCCUAGUAUUCCCUUAAAGUUUUAACUUAAAAAAAAAAAGAAAAAACCAUUUUACAUCGUGUAAAUAGAUGAAAAGAGAUUUAAAAAAUUUAAGGUUGGCUGUCACGUAAAUCAUCCUAUUACACACCAAAUAAAAUUCCUCAUUCCUG